AUGGCGGCGUUAGGAUUCCUGCGGCCUGGUGUCUUUGGAAACCUAGCAGUUCUCCAAAGACACGUGCCCACAGCCUGCCAGGCCAUCAGAACUGUUCAUGACAGCAAGUCUGACCAGGCACAGAGCAGAAUACGCCUGGUGCCAACAGAAGACACGGGUGCGGUCACCCCGGCUCCCAAACCCAGCGAUGCCGAGUUUGUGGUGGCCAGGCUGGACGAUCUGGUCAACUGGGCUCGCAGGAGCUCCCUUUGGCCUAUGACCUUUGGCCUGGCGUGCUGUGCGGUGGAGAUGAUGCACAUGGCGGCUCCGCGGUACGACAUGGACAGAUUCGGCGUGGUGUUCCGCGCCAGUCCCCGUCAGGCUGACGUCAUGAUCGUGGCCGGCACGCUCACAAACAAGAUGGCGCCUGCGCUACGAAAGGUGUAUGACCAGAUGCCAGAGCCUCGCUAUGUGGUGUCUAUGGGCAGCUGUGCUAACGGAGGAGGUUACUAUCACUACUCCUACUCCGUCGUCAGGGGCUGUGACAGGAUCGUACCUGUGGACAUCUAUGUACCCGGCUGCCCCCCAACUGCGGAGGCAUUACUGUACGGCAUCCUCCAACUGCAGAAGAAAAUCAAGAGAACAAAGACCCUCACCAAAUGGUACCGCAAAUAGGAGAGGAAAAAAAAAAGCAAGGCGUAUCAGAACAGUGUGUGUUCUGUGCUUCAGCUUUGAAAUUUUGUCACAUCAAAUAGUGUAACCUGCGUAUAGAGUCUGGAUUUAUCUGAAGUAUUACACAUGGAUAUAUGUAGUGAGAAACUUUUAGUGAAUUUGAAUUAUAAAAGCAAAAACACAUUGUACAGUAAAAUAUGUUUUGUCACGAACUGGACUGGUAUGGAUUUUCACAAAAGAACAGAACCUGCAACGUAGUACAAGUACAGAAAUAUCUUAGUACAAGCAGAGUACAUCUAAUCAGAACAUCUUCAGUUACAAGUACAGAAAAAUCUUAGAACAAGCAGAGUACAUCUAAGUAGAACAUCUUCAGUUACAUGUACA